AUGGGGCUCUUGAGAACCAUUGCACUGGUUAUUCUGGGAGUUUCUGGCUUCACUUUUGUUGCCCUGUUUGGGAGGCUGCCAGCGUUCCGCAAAACCCCUGUCGGCUUACUCCACAGAGUUAUUUGCAUACAUAUUCCAAGCGGGAUAGCUUUUCUUGAUUCUCGUUUAUUAGGUGGCCGACUUGUGCACUUGUGGAACCGGUCCGGUAGCUAUAUAUUUCACGAGAAUCAUCCGCUGGUCCUUAUAUUCUUUGCAUCACUUCUCAUUACAGGACAAUGUAUGUUCAUUCCGAGUGCAUGGCCCAGAGUCUCCACAGUCCAUUGGUUCUGCAUACCGAUCGCUGUAACUCUUCCAUAUAUUUUCCUUUAUGCGAGCAUUGUCACAAAAUCGUUCAUCACCCCCAAGAAUCAUACGGAAGAGAUGGAACGCUAUCCGUUUGAUAAGGUCAUCUUCCACCCGGGUCGCUACUGUAGCUCGUGUAAAUUCACCAAACCGGCACGGAGCAAGCAUUGCAGUUUCUGCAAAGCAUGUGUCUCUCGACAUGACCAUCAUUGCGUGUGGCUAACUAAUUGUGUUGGCUUGAAUAACUACCGCUAUUUUAUAGCAUUGAUUUUCUCUCUUUGCAUAAUGCUGAUCUACGGUUCUUGGAUUGGCUUUUCCCUUCUGUCCCAGACAUGGGAAGAGGUAAUCCCCCCAGACUCACCAUUGCGGACGAUGACACAAAGUUGGACAGUGUUCUUAAAUGUGUGGACUGCGGUGAUUUCCAUGGAUCUCCGUGUUGGAGGCAUUACUCUAUUAAUGUUCAUGACCGCACCUUUGGCGAUGGCAUUUCUUGUGUAUCACACCUAUUUGGUUUGGGCUGGUAUGACUACCAACGAGAGUGCGAAGUGGUCUGAUUGGAAAGAAGAUGUUGCCGAUGGUAUGGUUUAUAGAUCAACUAAGGCUGAGGCGUAUGGUAACUCGCCUUUGCUGCGGGAAUAUCAAAAUUCUCAAACACUCUGGCCGGUAAGUAGUGACCAGGUGCUCAUCUUGACAGAAGGUGAGGCACCGAGGGUGGGCUUCAUAUUUUCCCCCGAUUCCAAUGAAAUUCGCCAGCCCAAUGAUGGAGAGGCGUCUAUUGAUGAGAAAUGGACCCUGGUGCGCAAUAUGAGGGAAAUCGACAAUAUCUAUGAUCUUGGGUUUUGGGAUAACCUCCGCCACGCCUUUGGGUUGUCUACUCGACGGACGCUUCCUAAAAUGGCAGACUGGACAGCUGCAGAAAUGAAGCCAAAAUGCACACCCGCCGAGCUCAUGCUAAAGGUUAUCCUGACGGGAACUUUAAGUCACUAUGAGACUCGUGGGAUGAUCGACGAUAAACGCCUAGAACAUAUGUUAUCGGCCGGAAAACAGAUACUGUACAAGACACACCAGGAGAGCGAUGUUAGACACAAUCUGGGCCUCUCCCCAGACAUUUGGCAAGGCUUCACGGAUGUGUUGACGAAAGCAAUUCCCGUGUUAGAAUCACAGUCAUUUGCUUGGAAGUGCCCCCCGACUGCCAACUAUGAUCAUUCCUCCUCCAACUUGAUAGCCUACAAUUAUUUUUCACUUGUCAAGGAUAUCGAACGUCUAAAUGAUUUGUGUACCAUCGCCCGUAACCUCCUUGCGACAACAAAGAAAGCGCAGAACAUGGCGGCGGAAAAGGGUUUCGACCAAAGGAUCUUAGCACUGGUGGACACAUGUGUUAGAGUAACCGCCCGCGGCUUUGAUGGAGAAACGAAUGCAAGGAAUGAAGAGCGCUGGCAGAAAGUGGUCAACCUUUAUAAGCGCUUGUUGAUUACGUGCCUCCAGUUCCUUCACAAUUUCAUCAUGCACAACGAGCAGCGGAAGAUGGUGCUUUGGUUAGACCUUUUCGGAUACCAUUCCACCGGCGAUUCGAACAUCAUUCAACCUAGGGAGCCUCUCGAUCCGGCCAGUGGUCAGCCUGAGGGCGCGGCACCGAUUGUCAAGACUGGAGAGAGAAUCGUCAACCCACCGAUUAGAGCGCUUUACGACCAGACAGCGGAGGACUUGCUACUGGAGACUAUCUCCAACUUCCCCAGAGAGCCAGCCACAAUUAAGGAAGAAGCGGCAAUGUUACUUCUCGCAAACAUAAAGGACCACAUGGAGAAACUUCUUGGACGCGAUCUUACGGCGAUCCAAGAAAUGGGCAAGGACCCGGAACAAGUCAAGGAGAUUCGUGCUGCCCUUACGGCGAUACUCGGUGCAAAGGUCGAUGGAUUCUCGGACCUUCAAGAUAGAGCUAAAGAUCUCCCCCCAGCCCUUCCUGAAGACGAACCGCCGCGCAAAAAGGCCAUACUUACAAUAGAUCGAAGCUCGACGGCUGGGUUUCCACGUAUUUGCUGGGCUGACCUGCCCGACCUCAACGCAUAUGGCGCCCUUGCUGCAGGGGAUGCGACUGUCAUGGAAGAAGAUACAAGCAUGCCGCGGUCUGCGCAAUCAGCUGCGGAAACACUCCAGGAGGCGAAGGAUGAGCUAAUGGCACGGCUUCAAGAGUCCUCUCAAAUCGGUGGUGACGGCGACCAGGACUACGAUACCGGCGAUGCUGGAACUGUUGGCGACGACGAUUCACGUAGUCUUGAAGCCGUAGCGGAUGGAAGCAUGGAAGAGGAAGAGGAAGAAGAAGAUGAGGACGACGAUGAUUACAGAGGCCGUCCAGGCGAUCAACAACGUGGGCUAUUGACAGACAUCCCCCUAGUGUUGGGCCCUGCAGAGAUAGAGGCGCUUCCGAUGAUCAUCCAAGCCGGCAUCGUCGACAGCUUUGGGCUGAAGGGUGGCGAAAGGACUGGCACAAGGAAUAUGCAGUCCCUUAGAUGCCACAUACUGCUAACUCAGGAGACGGGCCGGAAUCUUCUCCGGGAACUCCUGAUCUUUAUUGCCGCAUGGGACCUCCCCGAUGACGAACUCUACUUCAAGAUGAUGGUGCAAAUUAUGGACGCAGUUCUGAGGAACGGCCUCAUGUCCCAUGCCUAUUCGGACUUCGGCCAACCAAAGGACAUCAUCUCUCCGGCUCAGGCGGUCGUUGUCAAGAUCCUCACACAUAUCUUUAGAGCCAAAUACUCUCCUGCUUCCGUCACAGGAUCGACGCAAGCCAAUUCAUCAAAGAAUCCAGCGCCGCUCUCCAGGGUUGAUAUACUCACAGUCCGCUACAUAUUCACCAUCUUCCGCGGCAACAUUAUUCCAGAAACCUGCGCUUUAAUCUACCUUCAAGGCCAGAUCCGAGCCGGACGGGCACUUCCCGAGGACUUCCCACUGAACCUGUGGGAUAUGGAACGGGUUUACGAAGGUGUCUACCAGUUCUUAGAGUUUUUCGCUGUACUUACUGAGAACAAUGACUGGAAGAACUUGCUAGUUAAGUGGGAGAUUGUCUACGAUCUCGUCACCUUGAUCAAGGAACUUGAAGCCAGCAUUCCCAAGGGACAAUUGAGCCAAUUGUCGCUCGGCCACAACAGCCCUUCAAAGGAAUCUCAACCGAUCAUAGUCCCUGGGCCGGUGGCGAUUGAGCGACCUUACGAUCCAAGCGAUCCGGAUCCUGUUGAUGGCGGUGCCGGGUCUAGAGCUGAAUCGCCUCCGAUAACCGAAGAUCCUUCUGAAUUUGAGUGGCGGAAUCUUAAGAAGCUUGUUGUGCUCGUCCUUUCAUCCCUCGUGUGGAAGUGCCCAGAGGUACAAGAUCAAAUCCGUCGACAUGGCGGUGUUGAGACUAUCCUAUCAUGCACCAACUUCGACGCGCACAACCCAUACAUCAAAGAGCAUGCUGUCAUGUGCCUAAAGUUCUUAUUGGAGGGCAACCGUGAGAACCAGAAGCUUGUCGAAGAGCUAGAGGCACGGGAAGUAGUAAAAGACGAGGACGGACUAUUAGAGAGGAGCGGAUUCGAAGCCGUGAUCGACAAGACCGGCAAACUGGCCAUCCGACCCAGGGACGGGUCCGGAGAGCAGAAAUAG